AUGGGAAACAAGGGAAGCUCAUGUGAGCAUUUGGGAGUGUCCAAAAUAACUGUACCUAUUUGGAAGUACGAAAGAAUUAAUUCUACCGAUGAAUCUUUUGCUUCUCUAAUAGGAGAUUCUCCACAUGAGCAUGCGGUCGGAAGUACGAUAACCUCAACCAAAAUGUACGGAGCAAAUGCUACAAUAAGUGUGUGGGAUCCAACCGUAGAAAGCAGAGAUGAGUUCAGCUUAUCGCUAAUUUGGAUUACAUCUGGAAGCUACAACAAAAACAAUCUCAACAGCAUUGAAGCUGGUUGGCAGGUUUUACCAAAUUUGUAUCAAGACAGUAAACCAAGACUAUUCAUCUUUUGGACUUUUAAUAAUAUAACUUCUAAUUCUCUCCUCUCUCUAUUGAUCACUAACGAAGAUAAUAAUAAUAUUAACCUAAAAUAUCAAUAUCUAUUGACCAAAAUUAAAAUCCAAAACAUCAAAUUUCAUAAAAUAGAAGGAAUAUAA